GCUUCUUCAGUCUUCGUGUGGCAGUUUUGGCGAGAACAACAAUUCUCCCCCGCAUUCAAUUCAGCUCAAUUGACCGCUCUCGUCACGCGAAAACGUGCGUCUCAAUCAUGUGGCAAUUCUUCACACUGGGAAUUCUCCUGUUCAGCAGCUUCAGUGUCAUCACAUCGCAGGACUUUCACACAACUCCUGCCACGCACAGAGCCACCAAAUCUCCACCCAACAAAUACUUGGCGCACAUCUUCACCAGAUACGGAAGUCGCGGCGAAAUGUCUUUCGAGGGUCUGGAGCAUCUCAUGCACAGUCUGGGAUUGGGUGGCCUGGAAUUCCGGCCUGAGCACACAGUGGCUGAGCACCUCGAGGUGUCCCAAUUCGUGGAAGUGCUGCCGUCGGAAGACGAUUCGCGGGAGUCGAGCGAGAGCUCCGACGUGAUGGCGAAUAGGAAUGAGAUAAGGAGUGAUUUGUGGCACGGUGUCUCCUGGCCAGAGAUGACAUUCAAGGAGUUGCACGAUCCCAAGCAUCGCCACCGACGUCAUCACGCCUCGCCCGAGGAAACCAACAGCUGUCUCUCGCCGCUGCGCCUCAUCCACACGGUUCUGGGCAGCAAGCGUUUCCCCAGCUAUCACGCUCAUCACGAUGACGAGGACAUUGCCGCCGCUCACUUGCGGAUCACGCCGCUGGAGUUCAUGGAAAUCUGUCCGGCGCUGGUGGCGCAGCUCGACCAGAACGCGUGCCCGACGAAGCUUCCGCUGGAGGAGAAGCUUGAGGGCUCGGAGAUGUCACGAUUGAGCCCCAUUCUGGCCACUGUGGCCAUCCUGGUGAUCUCCCUGUGCGGCCUGGUGGGCAUUGGCGUGGUGCCGCUCAUGAAGUACUCCGCCUAUCACGACAUCCUGCACUUCCUGGUCGCUCUGGCCGUGGGAACCCUCGUGGGAGACGCUCUGAUGCACCUCCUGCCGCACGCCUUUGAGGCGCAGGAAGAGUCCGACGAUCACUCGCACGCGUCCACGUGGAUUUGCUUCAUCACCUUCGCCAGUACGCUUCUCAUGUACACGCUGGAGAAUCUCCUGUCGCUGGUCGGCGGCGGACAUUCGCACGGCCCAGCGGAGCCACAGAAUCCGCCCAACAGCGAGGAAAUCGAGCUCAAUCACCAUCCAGACAAGAAAUCCUGCUCCGGCGCCGAGAAGCCCCUCACUCCGCUCGCCAUCAUGGUCAUCCUGGGCGACGGACUGCACAAUCUCACGGACGGCCUGGCCAUUGGCUCCUCCUUCGCCGCUGAUCCGCUCAUGGGCAUCACCACAGCCUUCGCCGUGCUGUGCCACGAACUACCUCACGAACUGGGCGACUUUGCGCUGCUGCUGAAGACCGGCGUGAGCCUGCGACGCGUCAUCAUCCUCAACAUCCUCUCCUCGGCGCUGAGCUUCCUCGGCAUGGGCAUCGGCCUGUUCCUCAUCACAAUCCACACGUCCGCCGUGAAGUGGGUGUACGCAUUCACGGCGGGCUCCUUCCUGUACAUCGGCCUGGCCGAUUUGGUGCCGGAACUCACUCACGGCGCUCCCUCGAAGAGCCUCAAGUGCGCUCUUCUCGCCAUCUUCGGCAUCCUCGCUGGCGGACUGAUAAUGCUGGUCAUAGCGCUCUAUGAGCACAAACUAGUGCUGCUGUUCAAUUGAUUGAGUCUUUGCACGGCGCAACCUGUAAAUAA